CCAACCGGAAGCUAUUCGAGCCAGGCUGAGCUACAGCUCCUUUAAGAAGGUGUGGUGCUACAGCCUUGAGGCGAGUGCCUGUCAGGCUGCGUGCCCCUAGGGAAGGCUGCCCCGCCAGGCCGGCGAGUCGGCAGCGGUGCGGUGGCGGCCUGGGCUGGCAGGAAGGAAGUCGGCGUAGGCGGGCGUCGUCCCCGGCCCGGCCACAGGGAAGUCAGCGGCGGCGACAUUGGUGGUGACGGCAGAGGUCCUGGCCCAGCCAGAGAGAAGUCAGCGGAGGUGGCGGCGGUGGCCCCAGCCCGGCCACAGGGAAGUCGGUGUAGGCGGCGGCGGCCCGACCCGGGCUGGCCGGAGAGAAGUUGGCUUAGGCGGCAGCGGCAAGUCCGCGUAGCAGGCAGCGGCCCGGGCAGAGGGAAGUCGGCGUAGGCAGCCACUGCCCCGGCAUGGCCAAAAGGAAGUCAGCUGAGGCGGCGGCGGCCCUGGCUGGAGCAGGCCAGAGAGAAGUCAGCGUAGGCGGCGGCAGCGGCCCUGGCCUGGGCUGGCCAGAGAGAAGUCAGCGGAUGCAGCGAUGGCGGCCCGGGCCACCCCGGCCUGGCCCAGCCACAGGGACGUCAGCGGCGGGGGCGGCAGCGGCCCUGGCCCGGCCAGAGAGAAGUCAGCGGAGGUGGUGGCAGUGGCCCCACCCCAGUGAGAGGGAAGACUGUAGGCGGCAGCCAGCCAGGCCCGGGUGGAGGGAAGUCGGCGUAGGCGGGGGCGGCUGCGGCAGCGCGGUCAGAGCGAGCCGAGGUGGCUUCAGCGUGAUGGUGGAGGACGAGACAGGUCUCUGCGGCUUUUCUGGCUUUGCCCGCCCAGCUGCUCUGUGCCAUGAGAAGGAAGAGCUAUCUGCUGCAUGCUGGAGGCUGGAGCCUGGCACCACGGCUCGCCUUGCUGCAGUGGGUGGCAGGGACGGAGACUGCAGAGCGCCGGAGAGACAGAGUUUCGCUCUUGUUACCCAGGCCUGGAGUGCAAUGGCGCAAUCUCGGCUCACCGCAACCUACGCCUCCUGGGUUCAGGCAAUUCUCCUGUCUCAGCCUCCUGAGUAGCCGGGAUUAUAGCCAACUUCUCCCAGUUUGCCUUCGAGUCCGUGGUGGCCAUCGCCAACAGUCUGCACAACAGCAAGGACCUGAGCAAGGACCAGCACGGGAGGAACUGCCUGCUGGCUUCCUACGUGCACUACAUCUUCCGCCUGCCGGA